CGCCCGCGGACGAAACGUGCCCUCCCUCUCUGUCGUUCGCUGCGUCUGGGAGACUCUCGAGCGCCAUGGAGACGGAAUGCAAGACGCUGUGGAUGGGCGACAUCCAGAUGCACUGGGACGAAGCCUUUAUCACGUCGCUCUUCUCCUCGGCCGCCGAGCAGCCGGUGGUCAAGUUGAUCCGUGACAAGGUGACGGGAUACCCCGCAGGCUACGGAUUCCUCGAGUUCCCGACACAACAAGGGGCUCAGCAAGUGCUGGAGACGCUCAACGGGCAACUUAUCCCGAACACGAUGCACCGGUUCCGGAUGAACUGGGGCGCUGGCGGACGGCGGAUUGAAACAUCAGACGAUCACUCGAUCUUUGUGGGCGACUUGGCUCCCGAUGUUACGGACGAGCUGCUGCUGGCCACAUUCAACGCUCGCUUUACCACUGUGAGAGGCGCCAAAGUGGUCAUGGACCCGGUGACGCGCAUGUCCAAGGGCUUCGGCUUCGUGCGGUUCGGCAGUAAAGAAGAGGCGGAUCAAGCGCUGCAGACCAUGAAUGGCGUCUAUUGUUCCUCUCGUCCCAUGCGCGUCAGUGUAGCCACCGAGAGGAACAAAUCUCGACAACAAGUUGGCUUCACCAUGGGGGAGGAGGAAGGCACCAACACGACGGUGUUUGUGGGUGGAUUGGACCCUGCCACGACGGAGGAUGAGCUGCGAGCGAGGUUUGGAGCGCUAGGAGCGAUCGUGUCGGUCAAAGUGCCGCCUGGACGUGGCUGUGGCUUCGUGCAGUACUCGUCCAAGGAGGCUGCGGAAGUAGCCAUCUCGCAGAUGAACGGGCAGGCUGUUAGUGGAGUCAAGCAGUACGGCCAGUAUCAAGCUGGAUUCCAGAACUACUAUGGCUACAAUGCUGCAUAUGGCUACCCGCAGUACCAACAAGGUGCUUAUGGCUACAGUGCCUAUGGUCAGUAUGCCCAACAAGGCAACCAGCCUCAAAGUGGGUACCAACAGCAACAGCAGUCCAUUGGGCAACAAGCACACCACGGCAACUACACGCAGCGUCAGCAACACGAGCAGCAACACGAUUUCACGCGGCCCGACGACAUUGAAGCCAUGAAUCGCCGCUUCGCCUCUCAACGUGCGUACCAGAAUAUUCCUCCGACUUCUAAUGCGUCGUACACGCCGAUGGGGGCGGAUGUCUCCAAUGGAACUGCGAUGGCUGGGUCCAUGUAAAUGGGAGGAGAAUGGAGCGAGAAUUGCAGCCAAGAACGAGGAGAGAGACCCAUUCACACGAGCGAGAGGUGACGAAGACACAAUGAGGAAGGUGUGGAAGGUCUGCAGGAGACGGAAGUGAGCGAACGACAUUUAUUGGCACGGCGAGCGUGAAAUGCUGAUGAAGAGUUUG